UUUGCACCAACAGGCACGUUUCUUGCCAGGAGCGAGGAGCACCGGGAAUACCGCACCGGUGUGUUCACAGUGAAGACGUCUCCAUUUUGGUGCCUCUUUGAUGAAAAACAGCCGCUGUGUGUCGAGCUGAAGAGUGGACGAGCCUCUAUUGUGGAUUUCGAGGGACAACAUGUCAAGUGUGCCAACAGCUGGAGAGGAAGACUCGACUAAAUUCGGUCCAUUCUCACCGUAGCUGACGUGUAGAAGGCUUCGUUUGUUGGGAAAGGGGAAUAAAACACGUACACCGCCUCGUCGUUUGGUGCUACACGACGUAAUCUACAUUGUAAAGCGGUGAGUUCUCGUGACUAUAGGAAGAUGCUCACUGUGCCGGCUGCUAGCUGAGUUGCUAACUCCAGGACGUAUAGGAAAUAAGACACGUCCGAUAAUGUGGCGUCUUUUGGGCUGAGUAAGGACAGUGGGGGCCAGUCGAGGACAACCGGUGGUCGUUAAAGCUCCGGUGAGCGCCUAGUGUUGUUUGUGGUCUUUGGAUGCGCCGCCUUCCUUUGCCACCAGCCUCACGAGACAGCAAACCUCGGCGACAUGUCAUCCCAGAAGCUUGUUUGUUAAAUUUACCCACUCCCACGCCCCAAAUCUCGCGUGGAAAUUGGGGAGGGGGGAGAGCCCAUAAGAGAGGAGGUGAACAAAGAUUAAGCCCGAACAGGAGCCGCCUAUAUGAAGAUGCUGAUGUGUGACCGCGGCGUCCAGAUGCUCGUGACGACGGUGGGCGCGUUCGCCGCCUUCAGCCUUAUGACCAUCGCCGUGGGGACCGACUACUGGCUGUACUCGCGUGGGGUCUGCCGCGUGAAGAGUAGCGGCGACAACGACACGAGCCGCAAGAACGAGGAGGUGAUGACGCACUCCGGCCUCUGGCGGACCUGCUGUCUGGAAGGAACCUUCCGAGGUGUGUGUAAGAAGAUUGAUCACUUUCCAGAGGAUGCUGACUAUGAGGCUGAUGCUGCUGAAUACCUACUGCGUGCAGUGCGUGCCUCCAGUAUCUUCCCCAUCAUGAGUGUGGGUCUGCUGUUCUUGGGAGGACUCUGUGUAGCCGCCAGUGAGUUUUAUCGCAGCCGCCACAAUGUCAUCCUCAGCGCAGGAAUCUUCUUUGUCUCCGCAGGCCUCAGUAACAUCAUUGGAAUUAUUGUCUAUAUUUCGGCCAACUCAGGGGACCCGGGACAAAGUGACAGCAAGAAGUCCUACUCCUACGGCUGGUCGUUCUACUUUGGGGCGCUAUCCUUCAUAAUGGCAGAAAUGGUGGGUGUGCUGGCUGUGCACAUGUUCAUUGAGAAGCACCGAAAGCAGCGGGCCAAGUCCCGCACCGAGCUCAUCAAGAAGUCCGCCUUCAGCCGCAUCCCCUCCUAUCGUUACCGCUUCCGGCGCCGCUCCAGUGUCCGCUCGUCUGAGGUUCCCAGCCGUGAUGCCUCGCCACUGGGGAAAGUUGGCUACACAGGGCCCGGCGCCUCUGAGAUGCCGAUGUACACGCUGAACCCACGCGAGGCGGGCAACGCCGCCACCAAAUCCGGCCUAGCCGGGCUGCUCAACUCUGAGAGGGAUUUCCUCCAGAGUAGCACGCUCACUAAAGACUACACAAAGGACCCCAACCGCAGGACCACGCCUGUCUGAGAGGUGUUCCCUGUAGAUAUUAACCAAUCACAGUAGCAAAGAGGAGGAGGCUGAGAGAGGGAGUGCUCACUGAAGCAGGCAGGGGACACACGGGGUUAAAAGGGAAUGGUGGGUACUGGGGCAUCCGAAAUACCUUGACUGUGAACUGUGAACUUUUAGCCUUUGAACUGUGAAUCCUGAGCCCAGUGAGCAUUUCAGUGUGUGUAGCACGAGCCGUUUGAAUGGAGAAUUUUUUUCCCAUCUCCAACCUCAUGUUUCUGUAGUUGGCACAUUCAUUCAUUCUGUUUAUGAUCAGCUUCUAUUCAUGAAUUGGCUUUUUGGGAUUUUUCCAUCUCGAGUGGUUUGCUAUUUUGGCAGAUUCUCCUAAAAGAUGAAUGAAACGUGAACCGGAGAAAGGGGGGAGGGUAGGACAUCUGUCCUUCUUUGGUAGCAGAUCAGUCAGAUGAGUGCAGUAUUCUAUUUUCAGUUCAGCUGACUUCAAAAUAUCAAUGACGGAUGCAUUUGUCCGUGUAUAUGUACAGGUAUAUGCUGUAUGCUCCUUUUGGAUUGCUUUAAUCAUGGACUAGCUUCUGUCAUGACAGACAUACUGUACUGAAGGUGAAUUGAGUUCAUCCCUGGUGACAAACCUCCUUUUUUAGCUGACCGCUGGUCAGUUGUUUGUUUGUUGCGGGUGUCAUCACCUUUAGAUGGUCAUUUUUAGAUCAUUGGUGCUUCCUUAUACUUCUUUAUUUUCUCUAUUUAUUUCUUCACCAAAAAAAAGAUUUGUCUGUUCAUUUUUCACCCACCACUUUUGAUCUGUGCUGCUCACUUCACCUCUUCAUUCUCGCUACCUUUCACCCUCUCUUUUCCACACUAGUCUUCCAUCUGUGCCGCUGAUAGACUUGCUGCAUUGAGGAACCUGUGAAAGAGAGGAGACCACUUAGCUGUGAAUAUGGUUCUAGACAGAGCCAUAAAGACAUUAAACAGGGACGGAAAUGCUCGCCCACUACCUCCUGCUGAAUAUCGUUCAACAAUUUUGUCUAAAGUCUCUGUUGUGCAUUGGCGGAAGGAAUUGGUAUGUGGCACGCGAUGUAAAGCAGACCGGAGAGUAGUACCGUGCAUUAUUCAGAGGGUUUGUGCUCCAUCCAUUGAUGUGUCAGUCACAGCCUUCCCUUCUUCCUUAGGUCCCAUACAUGUGCAUUGACUGUAUGCACGUAUACAGUACAAACACACGUCUUCUAUCUGUGACCUCCACAAACGUGUGUUCAAACACAGAACACAUCACACCAAUACAUCUCCAUAUGUCUCCCUCGUAACACUUAAAUACUCACUUAAAUAUACUGCAUGUUGCUGUCACGGGAUAAUAGAAAGACACCGACACAUCUGCAUUAUCAUUUCAGUGUCAGCUCAGCUUUUCAAUUUAGCAGGAUCGGAGUUUGCCAAGCAUGAUUUGAUGUGAUUUAUAGCAGAAAAACGCUGUAGACACAUAUGCUGUACAGGGGCCAUUUAUUUUGGUACACCUGAAGGCAUUGACAAGCAGGGACGGCGGUGGUCGACAAUUUCAAAACAAACACGUAAAAUAACUCAGUUUACAAUAUUGAAAAACAUUUAUCUGCGGUAUUUUCCCAUCCACUCACUGUAUGUGGUUUACACUGUAUGAAGCUUCAGUCUAUCGUGGCCUGCUGGGUUGUGUUUGUAAAAGGCUUAAACUGUAUGUUGAUCUGGUCCAAAGAAAGAUGCAAAUAUACAGCAUUUUAUACCGCUAACACAUAUUGUCUGGUUCCGCGAGAUUUUUAUCAAAUCACCAGACAACACCUGAACACAUCCCGCAACAGGGAGGAGGGGGGCUGUGAAUGAUACCGCAAAAUUUCAGCAUCAGAGCUGUAACAGUAGAGUCAGGAUUUGUCGGCCUUUGCCUUUUACGCUGAACCCAGCGAAGCGGGAUAUUGGCGCAAUUGUGUGUUUUCACGCAGCGUCAGAGUAACCCACAAUCAGAUAAUUACAUGUGUGACGCCGUCAGCGUCGGAUUUACGUAUAAAAUACUGUACUGCGCGCAGAGACAGUCGCUUUCAAAAUAACAGGACAGGGAUAUGACGGCAUUUCUACAUUCCCUUACACACAGGAGCCGCUUUGCCAUUUAUUCAGUAUCCUACUAGUGUGCUAAAUUGUCCAUGCUAUAGUACUCUCUUUGUCCCUAAUUGUCAAUUCAGCUUUUUAGUAGAAGACUUGGUCUUCCAAGUGAUGUUUUUUACACUACUGCCUUCCACUACUCUGACAUUUCUGCGCAAUAGUAAAAAGAGUAGGGCACGCUACUAGAACAACUACAUGUUACUAGUAAGGCAAAACUUUGCCCUAGCCAACAAAUGUGUGCUACUAGUAAUACUAGUUAUGUAAAAUUCCAGUUGUUAACUUCUAGCAUUUCUCUAGUUGCACAAGUAGCACACAGAUGUCAACGCAUGCACAGUUUUGCCUCACUACAAAUGUAGUUGUUUUACUAGUGCACCCUAGUAAUUCUAGUGUGCUGAAAUGUCAUACAGCAGUGGAACAAACUUUGCUACUAGUCCACCCUAGUUGUUCUACUAGUGCGCCUGAGUCAUUCACUGAGCAACGCGGCAGAAACCGACUGAACUGUCUUGUCACGCAGUGCGUGGGGUCUACCACUGGUUUUCUUGAGUGGCCGACAGUCGGCCACCGGCUUUGCUGUGAUUCAAAAUUUGAAUCGCCAGUGCAUGAUGUUGCCACAUCGCAAAUGUAACAGCCAAUCAAAAAUGCGCUUUCACGCACACACACAAAAUAUGUUUCCAGAUUUUAAACGUGAGACCCAGCCAGCCACUGUGGCGCUGCCAAGCCGUAUCAGAAUCAUAGCCAUCUUUAUUUAGCCAAGUAUGUCCAAAAAACACACAAGGAAUUUGUCUCCGUUAGUUGAAGUACAGUAUAUACAAUAUGUAUUCUGUAUUUUCUGUUUUACAGUAAUAAUUAACUAUAAUUUAUUAUGUCCCCUUGGCUAGAAAGCAAAUCGUGGCAUCUCUGUCAUCGAAAUCCACAGGUGCAUCAGUGGAUUGGGAGCUCAAUCAUUGCCAACAGUCUCUCAAAAUAUCAACACUCUUAUUAUUCUUGCCCGUUUCCUCUUUUGUGGCCAUCCGUUUCUUACUUGACAAUCACGCCAUGUUUUUGUGGUUCAAUAAAAAAAAUAAUACCAUACAGUAUGUUUAAUGUGAAGCCUCAAAAGCCAAUACAGGGUUGCAGUUUUUCCAUUGCAGCUUGACAGUAGUUGUCCGGUACUUAAUCACUUGGUGACUGGCGAAAAGUCAGCAACUGUUGUUUUCUUGCAAUGGUCCACUUAGUGGCAUUUGUUCGCAUCACACUGUGUGCGACAGGCCUUAGUUGUUCUACUAAUGAACUGAAUUGUCUUACUAGUGAGGACAAAGCGCAUACGUGUACAUCGAAAAUUCAAUGUAUUAGUAGGAUACUGAAUAAAUGCUCAAAUCGCUUUCCGUUCUGACGCCAACUCUAAAGGCAGAUUAUUCCCGCAAUGCCUUUUUGCCCCAUUUCGUGUUAGUGCCGUUCAUACAGAAAAUCAAAAAAUGUUUGCGUCUGAAAGGGCGUACAUCCAUAAAAUUAAUUGAAAUUGAUUUAGCAAGAAUGUGAGUAGCUUAUAGAAUGGCUACAAACUAAAAAUUCUAUGAGUAACGAGAGUGUGAAAUUCAUAUUAUUAUUUUUUUCGCUUACUUAUAUACUUCGCUUGAUCAGCAUUGCACUGUUUUAUAAGAAUAAAACAAGGCUAAGCAGUUUUGGGACAGCUAAUUACCUUGAUAUAGAAAGAUGUGCAACACUCCCCAUAGAGAGCAUUUUGGCAUGUCCUUGUGGCGGCUAUCCUUCACAUGUAAAUAUUAAUUUUACAACAUCAGCAGUUGUCAUGGACUGUGAAAGGGAAAAUGUGCUUUUCUCUUAAGCAAGGGCUUUUAAUUUUUAAAGAAGCGGAGCACACAAGGGCUUUCUAUGCUCGGCGUUGCACCAACAUUGUUCGAAGGGUGUUAAAUGGAUGGGAUUGAUGCGCGAACGCGGGAAGACAAGGAAAAGUACAUUUGCACGGGAACAAGCGUUUAUAAACCAGCUCGAAUAGCUAACAAGCAACAUGGUGUCUGAGUAGCGUUCCAGAAAAGAGUACUCACCGGGCCACAUUCGCUACAACUGAGCCUUGACAAGAUGUUUUUCUCUAUAUUUAGAGUAGGCAACUUUUCAAAGUAGUUAGAGUCAAAGGAUUAAACCUUACGCACACGUAGGAUAGCAAUGUACCUGAUCAAAAUGUUGUUUAUCAUACCUGGUGCCAAAUAUUACUGAAAAUAGUUCCUCCAGUCGGCUUAUCAUUUAGACUUACCUGUGGUAGCAGUGUAGCUGGUCAUCAGGGCCCCCUCACAUCCGCGCAGGGGUCCGUCAAGGGUCAUUCAUAAGCCAUGUCAAAACUGACAACUCAAACAAUGCAUAUGCCACAUAUCCAUCUGUUUCCAGCGCUUCCAUUGCUCUACAGUACACCUCAAAUUGCACCCUGAACGCCACACUGCUCCUUGUAAGACAGUUUACUGGGUGCCCCUUGAGGCCUGCCAUCUUACUUGUACUGUCACACAGCUUUGACUGGGUAUAAACAAAUAACUGUUAUUAAGUAAUGCUAUAUAUUCUAUUCUAAAGGUGCCACUGUGUGGAGGAUGACAACCUCUGUCACAUAUUUAUUAAUCUAUUGAUGGUUGGGGCACUGGGUGUGACUGAUGGGUCAGAUUUGGGGAUCUGGGAUGGUUGUCUGUGUAUAUUAAUCUACUUUGAUGUUCUCCUUUAAUGCUGAUUGAUUCACAUGUGCAGCCUCUGAUAGAGACUAACUGAUUUAGAAGUUGGAGAGAGCCUCUCUCUCACACUAUUAAAUUUGUUAGUCAGUGGGACGAUCAACACAAUACACACUUAACAACACUUAAAUGGGUUACUAUACUUUCGAGGACUUACUGAUCAUUUCUGUCCACCACAAAAGCUUCAUGAAAGUAGAUAUGAUCGAUAAUGUAAUUAACGCCAAUGCAAUAGUCUGUAAAGAUAUGCCUCAAAAUGACUAAAAAUAUCGUAUUUGCUCAUAUAGUGGCUGGAAGAGUUUAUUUACUCAACUGCAGAGAGUACUAGUUGUCCAUUAGUGGGAGGGUUUUAAUUUUGUAUUUUUCUAAUGAUUGUUUUUCAUGAUUAAAUAAUGUUACUCAACUAAAGUUAAAAAUCGCAAUAUAACGGCAGCACUUUCACUUUGAACUCCGCCAUAAACUUCAGCCUUACAGUUGCCAUAUCUAUCCUCCAUCUGGGUUCAUGUGUUGUCUUAAUUACGUCUACAUACAGUAGUUACAACAACUUAUUAGCGCCACCGAAGGGGAAAAAUAGCUCUUAUUUAAUAAAUCCACGAUUUAUACGAUGCACCAGUGAUGAAUCAUUAUAACCACGGAGGGUGCUAUUUUAGGAAAUGCGGUAUUAACUAUCCUUUUUUUGUGUGUGUGUGUCAAAAAUGUUUACACUUCACAUACAACAUUGUACCACGUGGUUUUCCUCUAUUGUCCUCGUAAGUAUAGCAAUGCAAAUGUACGACACACAACUAACAUUGGUUAAUGGCCAAAAAACAACAUCAACCACACAAUCAGUAAUGGAAAAAAAACAGUGAAUUCAUGAGAUGAUUUUCUUUAGGGGACAAACAACUUUUAAAAAGUAACUUGAGCCAGUUAAUCAAACACAGUGGAGCAUUUUGUUCUCAGAAAUGGCAACAAAUAUGCUACGAACUCUAUCUACACUUUGCUAUUACAAACACACUCAAAUACUUGUGAGGAGGACUUAUGUGCCUGCAUGUUUGUGUAUGUGUGUGUGCGUGUGUUCAUAUCAACAAGUGUGUAUGUGUGUGUGCAGCUCGCCUCUCCUCACUUGUACACGGAGUGCCUGCCUUGUCCUGCCUUCAGACAGCUCCCAGAUCAGCCGAGAGGCUUUUCCAGUGUGACGUCCUACAGCUAAUUACGCGUAUAUUUCCUAGAAACAACAUUGAUAGGCAAUUCUGAUAUUUAGUGAGUACGUUGUUGAAUGUCUGAAUGUUGUGUUUAUGAUUGCUAAAUGUACUCCUCACAUGUACCCUGUCAUUGUGGUUGAUUCUGGACUGGCAGAGGGGUGUUUUAUCAGGGUGGAAAACAAUGUGUGGUUACCCUAAUGACCGUUGGUCUUGAAUCGACACACAUGGUUGUAGACUGUUGUUUCUCAUUCUUUGUUAUCUUUCCCAAGAAUGACUGUGUUUAUGUGUGUGUUUGUGUGUAUGUGUGUGGCUCAUGAGGUAGAGAAGCCAUCUGCGGGUUUGCUCCCCAUCCAGACUCUGAAGCCCUGAUUACUCCCGAUGACCACAAUUACGGUUGUAUAAAAGCAUUUUUAACACUUGUACUUCCAAUUCAGAUUAAAAUUCUGUUGUUAAUGUUGAAAGAUGCAGAGAUGCAAUCUCCAUGAAAAGAAUUCAUAGUGAAGCCAUUCCUAAACAGUCCUUUUUGAUGCCUUUCCGGUGUUAUUUCUUUCAUUUUAAAUGUAUUCUUUUGACAAGGGAGCAAUUACAAUGUGUUUUUAUUAUGGUUUUGCCUCAAGCCCUGUGCUCACUGUUGUUUACACGCAGAACAUUUCCGUGGCUCUUUACGCUUGACUGACCAAGGAUGAAAGACUCCAAAUUACAGGGUGUGUUACCAAGCUUCGACCAUCAGGUGCGUUCAAGUGGCAUCUUGGAUAAAUUGUUGACAUUGUAGCAAAUCACAUGUUGAUGGAUCCUCUGCCUCAACCAAGGUGUUUGCUUGAAAUAAUAGUCUGCCAAGAAUCAGAUCAGAUUUCUUCAAAUGUUUUUGAACAAUUCCUUCAGACUGUUAUCUAACAAAGCCAUCCCCUCAAAAGGCUACUUUGACUAUAAUGUAAUCAAGAAUGCAAUGACAGGCAGCGUAACCAAUAAAACUAUGUAUGGGGUGUGUGUGUGUGUGUGUGUG